GUGGAGACGCAGACGAGAGAGGACGGAAAGAAAAUAAGAAAAAAUCUGACAUCAGAGAAACAGGAGUGAGGACGAAUCUGAGGGGCAGUUUAAUGAUAAAAGUAGUCAUUCAUUGACUAAGGGGGGUCCACCAGGCCAAAGCAGAGACCGGAUACCUACUUCCUCCUCGGUGAGAGACAGAUCAGCGCUCUAUCUGUCAAGAGCAGCAGCUAUCGACGCGACAGCAGGUUCAGCACAGCCAGAAUUCAUUAGUACACCAGGAAAAAAGACCAAAAACAAUAAGAUGGCUGACGGAGCAAGGAAAGUCACAGUUUCACACUCACCUCAUGAUGAAGACGACCUACCACUUCCUCCUCCUCCACCUCCUGUACCACCUCGACCCCUCGAUUAUGAAGGGCCUUCAGCGUCGGGCAACCUCCCUGUGCCUCCACCUAAAGAAACCUUCUCCACAUUUUACCAACAACGGCAGAAGAGUGAGCUGAAGAGGCUCUUCAAACACAUCCACCCAGACCUGAGGGCCAGUCUUGACGAUGUUGUGGAUGAAGACAUAAUGAAGGCGGUGCGGUCAGAAAGUUCUCAAGCAGAAGACUCUUAUCAGGGAGAAGUCCAGUCCAUGAGGUGGAUCUUCGAGAACUGGACUCUGGAUAAUAUCGGGGAUCCUCAUGCGACCAAGAAGCUAUUAAAUGAGGAGGACUUAACAGGUGGAGACGUCAGAGGCACCUCCUCUAUGUUUGAGCACAUUGAGAGCAGCCAACAAAUGUCUGCAUUUGCUAAAAGACAGUCCUCUGUCAGAGGUGAUGUGAGAACAUCAACAUGGCUGUUUGAGACCCAGCCUUUAGAUUCUCUAAAUGCUUCAAGACGUGAAGACAGUGAAGUGGUUGAGGCAGUGCUGAAAGAACCUAUCCAAUCAGGGGACGUAAGAGGGACUCGACUGCUCUUCGAGUCCAGACCACUCAGUGACUUGGGUCGAUGCAACUCCGUAGAAGACCACAGCUUCCUGAAACUGAGGUCUGAGGUCCAGGAACAGAAAGGAGAUGUCCAGAAGACUGUGAAGCUCUUCCAGGCUGAACCCUGCUGUGCUAUCAGAGACAAUAGCGGCAACAUCCAUGAGAUCAAAUCCAUCUGCAGAGAGGAAAUCAACAGCAGCAACAUCAGCACUGCACGCUGGCUUUUUGAAACCCAGCCUUUAGAUUUUAUCAAUAAGGGAACUGAUAAAGUUAAAAUAAUCCGAGGCAUAUCACUGGAAGAGGGUCACAGAGCAGGAGUCGACAGGAAGAGGUGGAUGUUUGAGACUCAGCCUUUUGACACGAUACAAGAGGUGACCAGAAGCAACAUGUUUGAAGGAACAGAGGCAGGGUGUACAACAGAGGUUGAUGUGGAGAAGAAGAAGAAACUCUUUGAAAUGCAUCCCCUGUCAACACUGAAGGGAGACUCUGCAGAACAAACAUUGGAAAAGGAAGAAAUAAUUGGAGGAGAUGUAAAGACAUCACUGUGGUUGUUUGAAACUCAACCCAUGGAGGCUCUUAAUGACAACUAUGAGGUUGGGCGACUGAAGAAAAUCACACUUUCAGCCAAUGAACAGGGAGAAGUAAAAGGAAAAAAGCAGAUGUUUGAGAGCUGCAGCAUUCAAAAGACAACCUCAUUCAAGGAACAAGAGAUUGAAAAAGGAGAUGUUAAAGGAUUCAAGCAUCUUUUUGAAACAAUUCCCCUCAGUAAGCUUGCUCAUUCUGAUAAAGAGAACAAUGAGAACUAUGAGAAGGAAAAUGCCAUUGCAGCAGGAAACGUCAAAGAUAACAAAGCAUUGUUUGAGACAACUCCUCUAUAUGCAUUAAAAGACAGCUCUGGAAAUCUCCAUGAGGUCACAGCGGUCAGCCGGGAGGAAUUUAUCAAAGGGAAGGUCCAGAACUAUAAGUGGAUGUUUGACACCAAGCCAUUAGAUCAGCUUGUGGAAGGAAAAAGUAAUGUUGAGGUUAUUAAAGGCAUCACCAGACAGGAAGACACAAUGGGAGACGUCAAGACGGCAAAGUGGCUUUUUGAAACUCAGACAAUCGAUGGGAUUCAUUCCAAGUUCAACCAAUCACAGCAAAGUUCUUCAGGAGAAGAAGAGCUCCGUAAAGGUGACGUGAAGACCUGCAAAUGGCUAUUUGAGACACAGCCUAUGGACAUAUUGUAUGACAAAACACAAAAAGUGAGUGAUAAAGAUGCCAUUGACAGUACCAAUGUCAAAUCUUUCACGUGGCUUUUUGAAUCACAGCCUCUAGACAGCAUCAAAGAUGGUGAGGAGUACAAUCUGAAGCUCUGCAGCACCAUAAAGGAUUCUGUCAAAUCUGAGGUUGGUGUCCAAAUGGUUAAACAUCUUUUUGAAACAGAAACCUUGGACAGAAUUCAGAGGGAUGCAAAGUCAGAACGAGACAUAAGAUGUGUCAGCCAGGUCAACUUACAGUCAGGUGAUGUUUCAAGAGUCAAAGAACUUUUUGAGUCCCAGUCACUUGAUGAAAUUGGCUCAGAAAUAGUGUCAGCUGAUAUUCAGAACCAAGACGAACACAUCGAGAAAGGGUCAGUAAAUAAAUUCACAUGGAUGUUUGAAAACUGCCCCAUGAACAUGAUCAAUAAGAAUGAAAAUGAAGAAAAUGCGCAGAGAGUGAGUAGUAUUGAGAGUGGAGAUGUACAGAACAAAAAAUUCAUAUUUGAAACCUCAUCACUUGACAAAAUUCAUGAAGAAGACCUCGAACAGAAGUCAGUGUGUGUGGAGAAGCCUGUGAGCAGUGUUGAUGUGAAAUCAAGCUCCAUGAUGUUUGAGUCACUGCCAUUGUACGCUAUUAGAGACAAAGAGGGGCAAUUUCAUGAGGUCACAACUGUAAAAAAAGAAGAAGUAAUGAGUGCUGAUGUAAGAGGUGCGAGGUGGAUGUUUGAGACAAAGCCCCUUGACGCUAUCAAGGCAGAAAAUGAAGUUUACGUCAUCCGAGCUGUGACCCAAGAGGAUGUCAAGAAAGGAGAUGUCAAAUCAGCCAGGUGGAAGUUUGAGACCCAACCCCUGGACUCAUUUACACACCAAGAAGAGCCCUCUGUUAAAGUUAUUGAAGAUUUGGAAAGCGGAAACGUGCAGCUGAAUAAGCAGAUAUUUGAAUCUGAACAGUCAUCCAAGAAGUUUGUUAGAAUGGUCAGUGUUACUGACGUUCAGCGAGGCGAUGUCAGAACCUCCACCUGGCUCUUUGAGAAUCAGAGCAUUGACAGUCUAAAAGGGGAACCUCAGGAGCAGAGUCCAGUAAAAACAGUCCACAGGGAAGACAGUCAGAAAGGAGAUGUGAAACGCUGCACUUGGCUGUUUGAAUCCCAGCCAUUGGACAAGAUCAAAAAACCUGAGACCACCACACCACAAGGUAUCGAGGAGGAGAUACCAAAAGCCGACGUGAAAUGCACCACCUGGCUCUUUGAGACAACCCCACUGGACCAAAUCACUGCCAACAGUGUAGCUGAGACUCUUUCAUAUCUGUAUCAAAAGAGUUUUAUUCACUCAAGUGGCAUCAUAAUUGAAGCCAGUGAGAGUAAGAAUGUCAACAUGGCAAAAUAUCUCUGUGAAACCAGUGAAGGUGUGAAAAUCCAGAAGGAAGAGGUUGUUGGUGGUAACAUCAGAAACAUAAUGUUACAGCUUUUACUCAAACCAACCCUAAAGCCACAAGUGACUCUUCUAAGAGAAGUGGAAGAAGGUAAAGUGAAUACCACAGUAGUAGAACUUCCUGUCUAUCAGACAACAGCGAUCAGCCUUGAGAGGGAUCAGAGAAUACAAAACACAGUCCGGAUGAUUGAGGAAUUACUCGUCCAGAGCAAAGACUUGAAAAAAGGAAUCAUAAUGCAAGAGACGGAAGAUGGACAAGCAGAGAUGUCAGUUUACUCACUCAUUUGCCACUCUGAAACCAGAGUAGAGAGUCAUGUAAUAGAACGAGGAGAUGUUAAGUCCACUAUUGGAAAUCUGUUAGCGACAGCCAACACUCAGAAGACUGCAGUGUCAUGUAGAGUGGAUGAAACUGAAAAGGGGAAUGUUAACUUGUACAAAAGCUGCAUUGAGAAAGGAGAUCUUCAUUACCUAAAGAGUCUUCAGUGUGAGGCAGCAGGAGAUGAAGUUGAUCACAGCUUUGUGGCCAAGGAUCAGAUUGAAAUUGUUCAAGGGGAUGUGAGGGAAGCAAAGAGAAGUCUCUGUCAGCAGAAAGACCAGGUGGAGCGAACCAUUUCUGAUGUUUUGCCAGGAGAUGUCAAGAACACUAAAAAGGUGUUUUCAUCAGAGUGCUCCUUCAAUGUUGAAAGCUGUAUUCCAAAGGAAGAAAUAGUCCGUGGAGAUGUCUCCUCUGCUAAGCACCAACUUACGGUAAAGCAGCCUAUAAUGGUAGAAAAAGAGGAAAUUGUGGCCGGUGAUAUCAAAGCAACAAUGGAGUCAUUAGAACGUGCAAAGCAGCAGAGCAUGACAAUAGAGCGUGAGAUAAUUAAACCUGGUACUAUUUACGACAUGGACUUGUCCCAAGCUCCUGAAACAGAAGGAAGUCAACCACAAAAGGAAGUUAUAAUAUCUGGAGAUGUGAAAGCAGCCAAAAAGUCUCUUGAAAUAGCCAAGCAGCAAAGCAUGCAUGUGGAACGUGAAGUGACUGUUCCUGGAAAAAUAUAUAACCUGAACAUCUCAGCACAAGAGGAAACCUCCUCAACAGUGAUGCAAUCUUCAUCUUCCUCAAGAUGCCAGCAAAUCAAGACUUACCCUAAGGUCAGUGAUGCAGUGAAAGAUCAGGAAAACCAUGUUUCCUUUGAGGCUUGUCCACAAAGUGCAGUUCUAGUCAGUAAUGGUGCACCAGAGUCACUGCCACCUUUUCUAAAUUAUGAGUGUAAUGGUGAGACAAAUGAGGAUGAGACAGGAGAAGUUAUCAGAGGUGAUGUCAAGGCAGCCAUUAAGUCUCUGCAGAGUGCAGCCACAGAGCAGAAGCUCCUAGAUAAAGAAGAUAUUGUAAGAGGUAAUGUCCAAUUGGCUUUACAGUCUCUUGAGAAGUCUAGUGUAAAUGUAUCCAAAGGAGACUUUAAAGCUGCAAUGAUAUACAGGAACUCAGGGAGGGCUUGUUCAGGAAGGAGCAAGACUGUUCACAAGCAGUGUGUUGUGAUGUCUGUGCCUCCAUCUGACACAAACCUGUCUCCUUCAAUUUCAGUAACCCGUGACGAGCAUCCAUCCAUUACAACACAGAAUUCAACACCUGUACAAAAUGGAAACUCUAAAUCGUCUGGCUCUGAAAGAGUUAUUCCACCUCCUCUCCCUCAAAAUACAAGUGAAAAACAAGAUGAGAGGCCAACUUUGCCACCAAAACCACAAUGGACAAAAUCUGUAGUCGUGGAAGAACAGAAAAUCCCAGUAUCAUCCUCUGAAGUCAUUCCUCCCAAUGUAAAACAAAGGGAGUCAGUCCACAUGUCCUUUACAGAUACAUCACUACAAACAACACAUAGCAAAAGCAGUGAAGCACAUGAAACACACAACCAGCAAUACUGUCAAGAAGCAGUGAAAGACUUGAAUCAAACCAGCCAGUGUCUAGAAACUCUCUCAAAGAAUCAAGACUGCAGGACAAAUAAUACAGGCAACAUAUCAAAAAAAGUAAUGGUGUUGAACACUGCUGAGGUGGAAAUGGAAAGAAAUGUGAUACAGAAAAUAAAUGCAGCUGAGGAGAUCCAAAUGUGCAUGAAGAACUACGCAGAAGAGUCUAAACAUGAAAUGAACAUGAGCUUGCAGGCUGCUCUGCAAAACUUUGAAAGAAAAGGUAACGAGACUCUCAACAAAAGAGGCCCUUCGCUGUCCAAGAAGGUAAAAGUAACAAAUGAACCUGUCAGUCAAACUCCUCUACGGCAAAAAUCACAUUCAAGUCCUGCCAAUAAACAGAAUAAGACUGAUGCUCAAACAUCAGAGACCAAUAAUCCAGUUGACGUCUGUUCCACUCAGCAGAACAACCUCACUGAAAAGCAAGAAAACACAGAAGGAAAAGUUGUUCUCAGGGAGAAAAAAGGAAAAGAGACAGAGGCCGAGAGACGACAGAGGCUCUCCGUCCACAAAGAGGAGAUUAUGAAAGGAAAUGUUAAGGCAGCCAUGGAAAUUUUCGAAAAUUUAAGGAAACGAGAGGAGCUGAAAGGAAUCCUUUCUCAAGUGGAGGAGAUCGAGGGAGAAUCCAGCAGUGCAGGUGACAGCUCCUUGAAGACAUUAUAUAAGGAUGUUCCCGAUUGGGUGGUUACACAGAGCAGAAAUGCAAAGCAAAGUAAAACGGAGGAAAAGAAAGUUGAAGUAGAGUCACAGGACGACGAUCUGGAAAGCAUCUCCUCGGUUGAGACUGCGUUUGAAGAUCUGGAAAAAGCAAGUAAGGAUAUCAUCCAUCUGAAGCAAGAAACUUUAGCGAAACUUCUUGACAUUGAGGAAGCGAUCAAAAAGGCUUUAUACUCUGUCUCCAAUCUGAAAUCUGAGGCUGACAUUGCAGGGUUGUCAGGUCUAUUUGAUGAGUCUUUAAAAUCUGAGCAAAGCUUUCAACCUGGCAACAACAUCAGGAAAAUAAGUAUUGGCUCAAGCAAAACUAAAGCAGGUCAAACCAAACAGAAAACUGACAUGAAAACUACAGCAGACUCCAAACAAGCUCACAGUAAACCACUUAUCAGACAGUCAUCAUCCCAGUCCUCUCCAUCAUUCAUCUCUAUUCAUUCAGCUGCGAGGAAACCAGCUGAGAAGCCUUCUAUGUCAACCUUUAAACCAAAAACAGAGGGUGACAGUCAAUGUUGCCAUGAGUCCACUGAGACCUCAAAAACCCCCCAAAGUCCCACACAACGCAAAGUCAGCGUCCUCGAGGUUAAAACCGUUCCUGAGAAACCUGCAGGAAUAUUUGGCAAAAAAAUGGUGAGUGAAACAUAUGAGGAAACUGACGGCUUUGGCAACGUAUUUGUUUCCUCUGUGACUUCGACAGUCGUCACCAAACAGUCUGACAGUAAAACACCGGCACUGUUUGAAGUAGUUGGAAAUCCAGCCAGAUAUGAAGUCAUGUCAUCACCAUUGAUGAGAAGAUCUGGUCGCCCUUUUGAAGAUAAAGUCCUGAACAAACCCAAGGAGGAAGGCACUGUGUUUGUAACAUUCAGCCAACCAGUGGAAAAACACUAAAAUGCCACAUUUCCUUUGACUUUAAUGAUCAGUUAUUCCAUUUGUGUAUUCCCUUUUACCCCUUAUAAAUGAAAAGGUUUUGUAAGUUGAAAAAAUGCUGAUAAAGAGCUUGACUUUUAAUUAAAAUGACUUGUCUUAUAGAUUUUAUACUGUAACCAUAUGAUAAAGUGUAAAUUCUUUUAUUAAGGUUAAGCAUAUAGUUGAUGUUUUAUGUUCUGUUGUGUAAAUUGUCAAAUAAAUGACAGUGAAAGAAACAUAUGACUAUAAAAAGUGAUUUCUAGCCUUUCUG